CCGCGCGAACCCAACACAAAACUCCGCCCUUUCCGCUGCCGUCACUGCUGUAGAAAGAAUGCCCGUUUGUUAGCUAUGCAGGUCAUGGGCGAUGAAAGAAGCAGUUCGUGGCAACUUUAAAUGUGCAACAACACCGGGAAAACAGAACUUAAAUAGGAAAUGUGUUCCGUGGUCGGAUGUGACUCGUGGCGUCGCAAUGCGCGACGGUUUACGUUGCCAGAAGACCCAGAGAAGAGACUGGAAUGGGUUCAGUUUGUUUUAGAAGUCAACAGCCAACGACUUAAAGAAUCAUCAUGUACUGACAUCAGUGUUUGUAGUGAACACUUCACCCGUGACUGCUUUUUAAACCCAGCUCCAACGUCUGACACGAUCCAGUUGAAGUCUGGUGCAGUCCCAACAGUGUGUGUCAAAGAAGAGCCCGAAGAAGUCGAGCUAAAACAGGAGCCUGUGGAAAUCGAAGCCUCUUCCUUUUAUUGUGAACAACCAAAAAUCUCAGAUAGUCCAACUCCUAUCAUAGAAAAAGUUUCCAGUUUAAUGGGUGCUCCAGCAACCAGUGGGUCAAAUGAUUCCUCUGAUUCUUCUACGUCUGAUAUUAUGCUGAUGCUGCAAAAAAUUAAAAACCUUGAUAUUAUCAGGGAAAAAGCUGCACUUCUUCAGAAGGAAAGAAGGUUUGUUGUGAAUGAAAAGCAACUUCUCCAGUUGUUCCGCAGCAAGUGCCCCUUGUGCCAGUCUAAAGUAAAGGUGCAGAAAAUUGUCUGUCGUGUACACCUGGAGCUGAACCUGAACUGCCUUCAGUGUGACUACAGAAAGCAGUGGAAAAAUCUGUCUGAUGCUGGCAUCUCAGCAGCUGAAGGCAUGGAUGUGGCAGAAUGCACAGAAGUAUCUUUAGAGACGGGUGAUGGACAAAACACAAGGGACCCGGAGAUUGCAGGAAUGAUGCAACAAUCAGAUAUAUCCAGUGAUCCAGAAGAACUGAAUUCAGAUGAGGACUGGGAACCAGAGGAGCAUUUAUUUUAUGAACAGCUUCACUCUGAAUCUGACGAGGAAAGCUCAUAUGAAGAUGACAAUGUUAUCUCUAAAGACAGCCGGCUCUGCACGGACUGUGGGAAAUUUUAUGAUGGGCAAAAGCAGCACAUAUGUGAGCAUAAAAUUAAACCAUAUUCAUGUAAUAUUUGUGGAAAGAGAUGUGUCAGUGAGCUGUCUUUGAGUAAUCACAACAGAGUCCACGAUGAAAACUACGAGCACCCGUGCAAAUACUGCCACGUUACAUUUAAAACAAAAACGGAUAAAAUCACUCAUGAGCAGACCCACGUCACUCAAGAGAAGCCCUAUCAAUGUUCAGAUUGUUCAGAGACAUUUGCCAAAAACAGGGACCGUAGAAUCCACAUGAGAGAUCACAGAGGUCCAAAGCAAUACAAAUGUAAAUUUUGCGGGCUUGAGUUUCCUCGAAGUAUUUCUCUUCAAAGACAUUUGUUUGUGCACACAGGAGAAAAGCCAUUCAAGUGUUCGGUGUGCCAGCGCGGCUUCAACCAGGCGAGCCACCUGAAAUCUCACUUGCGCCUGCACACAGGGGAGAAGCCUUACAAGUGUCGGCACUGUGACAAAUGCUUCAAUCACAACGUGAGCUUAAAGAGUCACAUCCAGUGUUAUCACAAAGCCAAGUCCAGAUGUGGACCAAAAAAGAAAAUGAACAAAGGGGAAGAUGGGAAUGAGAGAAGUGCAGACUCUGAGCUUGAUGAUGUAGAGGAGGAACGGGAUACAGAUGAGGAGGUUCACAUGAAGAGAAUGGGUAGCCCUAAAAAUAAAAGGAGGCGCACAGGUAGACCCAUUGGAAGACCCAAGAGAAGCAGAGCAGAAAAAAUUGAAGACCAGGACUCGAACACUAAGACUGCAAAAGUGCAGAAAACAAAGAAAAUGCUGUCCAGCAGUGAAGAAAGUGAGCAAUCCUGUGGCUUAACAGAGGAUGAAGAGGAUAGAAGUGUACAGAGAUGAAGAGGAAGAUCAAAAGGAUCUUCUGAGUCUGAGUCUGACUUAGAUUUUGAGACAGAAAUUAAGAAGUGGUGCAGUAAAAAUGUCAGUCAGGGAUCAGGGCGGCACCGAGGAAGACAAAGAGCGGCAGUUGAGGAAACUUUAGAUGGUGAACUAAAAAUGCACCAUAAAGAACUGCACUGCUUUCCUGUUUUAUUCCCCCCAAAUGUUUUUUUUUUUUUUUUUUUUUUUAAUAAAUCCAAUUUUUGGUGACCACACUAAGUAGAUAUAGACUGAGCUGUCAGUUUAGCAGGUGCCUGUGAGACAUUUGGAAACAUUUCCUUCCCUAAUGCCACCAUGUACCACAGCUCUGACACGAGAACUCUGUACUUUCAGAAGUGUUAAACAUAUCUCCUUUUUUUGUGCUUUUUAUUUUCAGUAUUUUAUGCAUCAUGUUGUAAAACCAUUCAAACAGUACCGAUUAAAUGUCAUGGUAAGAAAGCAGAGGUUUUUUUUCUCCAUUUUUCCUUAUUUAAAGACUAAAAAGAAAUAACUUCAUCACUCAGUCAUAAACAGCAAUUUAUUAAUUUUUUAAUUUAUUUUUAUUCUAGUGCAAUCUGUCCUUCUAAUUCUACAUUUGGGAAUAUUUGUCUUUUGAAAAGUUCUGCAUCCAGUCAAGAGCUGGAACCAUAGGACACACAUGCCAUACCAUUUAGAUUUUCUUUUGGUUUUCUUUGUUUUGUUUGUAGUAAUGCUUCAGGAAGUAUUAUUUUUAUUUAUUUAUUUUUAAUUAUAACAGGUUUUGUACAGUUGUCAGUAAUUUAGUACUUGGAGUCGAUCAACCCAUAAUACAUAAAAUGUCCAUUUUUUCCUUUUCUUUAAUGGUGUGUAGCGUUAUGAGCGGUGAGUUAUAAUGUUGCUUCUAUGCUGUUAUAGCUGUUAUAUCUUUUAGACUGUACAGAGUCAUAGCAAUGUAUUCCUAAGUUGUUGCUGCUUCAGACUAUGUUUUUAAAUUCAGUUUACAGUUUUUGAUUCUUAAAACUUUAUUAAUACUACAGUGUGUGUUGUAAGGUAUUAACAUGGAGUCUGUAUUUUAUAUAAAGAUCUUAAAACACAAGGAACUUAACUACUUGGUCAUGCAGAUGUAAUUGUAUUUGAUAGAUGAGUCCUUACAUUUUUGCCUGGACACUAAGUAACUUGGAUAAUUUAGAAAUAAACUGAUGGUGGACAGAUUAUGUUCAGAAUUGCAUUCACCUUCAUUCUGUUUUAUGUAAGGCACACGUUCCUGGAGGCUGUAAUGCCACUGAGAGGAAUGGUUUUCUUAUUUUAGGGAGCCUGACCAUUUUGGAAAGACAAUUAUUUUUUAUGGCAUUUCAGUGAUCGUUUCUUGUUGCUGUCACCACUUCCCUUGAUCAUAUUGAUCAUGUUGGGCUUUAUAAAGACACCUUUCCUUUCUGAUGUGUUUUGUGGAAGUGAUUUAAAUUACGUCUGUAAAAGUAAAGUAAAACUUCAUCGGA